CUCAGGUCCGUUACAACAGUCCUGUUCCUCGGUGAGACACGUAAGGCCGCCGUCUGAUGCAGAAACUCGCCAUCACUGCUGCAGUAAAUGAUGUCCGCGUAGGUGCAGGACAGCCGGAUAUAUGGCGGCCUCCACUUCUUGCAAAAAAAAGAGCAAUUCCCCUUCACCCGGCGGCCCUAGCCUUCUCCCCCACCCCUGCGAAUCGAAAACGACUGAAGGUGAAGCAAUGGUGGCGAACGGAAGUGUGGCCAUGUGUGAUGAACAAGUGCAGAACGGGCUUGAGUUUCUGCUAGAUCCAGUAGACAGGCUUCGGAUUGGGCACGCUCCCCCUGAUAGAGUGCCAUGUGCUGGUAGAGUUACUCCACUGGAAGAAACCAUAAGGAGAUAUGCUAACAAACCUUCAGAAAGUGCAGUAAAGCCAGAGAUUGGGGAAACCUGAACAACAGAAUAGCAGAUCUUGUCGUUGCGAGUGCCCCGCAAUGGUCAGAUUACUAAGAGUUGCAGACAAUGGAUGGUACAUUGCUGAGCACUGGUCAAGCCACAAUCAUUCGCUGUCUCUCAGAUGCGGGGAAAAGGUUCAUUGGCCAUCCCACAAACACAUAGAUGUGUACACAAAGGAUUUGGUGAGACAGCUUAGGGCCAACAAUGUGAACCUAAACAAAGUGUACAACAUAGUUGGGAGCUUUUUUGGUUCGUCACAGAGCAUUCCUUUCACAAAAAGGUUGUUGCACAAUUUGU